AAAGAAUUAUUUAUUAAGAAAAACAACAACCAUGGUGGUUGGAAAACAACAGGCUGAAGAGCACAAGGUGUUUGAGUUUGAAACAGUGACAUAUUAGCGCCAACAUUUAUAGCCCCAGCACUCACAAACUAUAUAUAUACCCCCAACUCCACCCUCCCUUCCCAAACGAAAACACACUUUUCCUCCAAGUCUCCCUAGCUAGUUCCUAGCUCGUUUGAAAACCACUUCUAUUCCAACUCCGAACCAUCAUAUCGGUAGAGAUCGAAGAGCUAGCAAAGAUGAGCGUGGAGCUGUUGGACGGAACCACCAUUCUUUGCUUUGUGGAAGACGAAGCGGAGUUCGGGAGGUGGGUUCGCGACCGCUUUGCCUGUCUCGACAGGGACCGUGACGGCCUCCUCUCCUACGCCGAGAUGUUGAAGGAGCUGCAGAGCCUGAGGGUCCUCGAAACCCACUUCGGCAUCGACACCAAGAUCGGCCCCGACGAGCUUGCUCGUGUCUACGGCUCCCUGUUCGUGCAGUUCGAUCGCGACUCCAACGGGGCAGUGGAUUUGGAGGAGUUUAAGGCAGAGACGAAGAGGAUGAUGGUUGGGAUGGCCGAUGGGUUGGGGUGCUUGCCUGUUCAAAUGCUGCUGGAAGAGGACAGCUUCCUGAAGAAAGCUGUUGAGCUGGAGUCUGCCAAAGUCUCUGCUUAAAAGUUCUUUCUUCUACGCGUUGAAUUUGUGUUCUACUCUUUAUGUUCUUUUCAGUUAAUUCUCGUGUUCUCGUUCUUGGUGAUGUCAAAUGAUCGUUUACCAUAUUUGUCAAAAUAUUUAUUUUCAAAAGUGAACGAAUUGAAAGAAGCAGUUGUCCCACA